AUGGCAGAAAGUCUGCGAUCAAAGGAGAGGUCUGCAAAUCUUUCAAUGGAUGUGAUCGUGACUAAAUGCUCAGAGCUCAUUCUUGAAUCAAAGAAAGAUGAUGAAGAGAGGAUCCGUUCUUGGAUUCGUCAGGAUAUGGAAGCCAUUAAUACGUCCUUUCAGCAACAAUUGGUGGAGAUGAUAGCUUCUAAGUUUGACUGUCCUACGGGUACUUUCACUCCAGAUGAUCAUCGUCCUCGUCUUCAGCAGUUUCACCGUGCCAACAGAGUCCAUCAAUAUUUUGAUUAUCAUGAUAUACCUGAGAAUCAGAAAGUUAAACUUGCAUCUAUUCAUUUAGACGGUCCUGCUUGUAGUUGGUUCCAAUGGAAAUUUCAUAGUAAUCAAUGUAAUACCUGGACUAAGUUUGUGAAUGGGAUUCAAAUCCGUUUCGGAUCUUCAAGAUAUGAAGAUCUUAAGGGGGCCCUGUCCAAACUGGUUCAAGAAACCACUGUUUUGGAUUAUCAAGUUAAGUUUGAGUCUCUUUCUAGUCGUAUCUAUGGCCUCAGUGAUGAUAUGUUAAAGAGUUGUUUCAUUUCUGGCCUCAAGCCAAUGCUCAGAAGAGAGGUCCUAGCAUUACAACCUGAUUCUCUGCAACAGGCCCUGGAUCUUGCUAGAUUGCAGGAGGACAAAUUCCUUGAUUUCAAACCUUAUGCUAAACCCUAG